AUGAAUUCGAAUAAUAUUGAAGCGGAAUAUAUGGACAUUGCAAAUAGAGAUGCCUGGCCUAUCAUCUAUCAUAAAAUUGGCCGGCAAUGUCAAGCAUAUCCAUACACUUGUAUUGAAGCCAAGAAACCUCAAAACAAGGCGCUAAACAGAUAUCGGGAUGUAAACCCAUAUGAUCAUAGCAGAAUUGUUUUAAAGAGAUGUGAACAAGAUUACAUAAAUGCUAAUCUAGUGAGGAUGGAUCGUGCCAACAGAAAGUAUAUCCUUACGCAGGGACCCCUCGCGUUCACAGUCGGCCAUUUCUGGCUAAUGGUGUGGGAGCAAAACAGCCGCGCGAUUCUGAUGCUUAACAAAAUUAUCGAAAAAAACGAAAUCAAAUGUCACUGGUAUUGGCCUCACGAGGUUGGAGCUGAACAGAAAUUUGUUCUAUCCGACGUCAAGUUGAACGUCGAGCAAAUAAGCGAAGAGGACUGCAAGUAUUACAUCACAAGAGUAUUCAGGAUCACAGAUAUGGAGAGUUCUGAGAGUCGUGAGGUCAUACAGUUUCAUUACACGACCUGGCCGGAUUUCGGUGUGCCGACGUCCCCGGUGGCUUUCUUGGAAUUUCUGCGGCGCGUGCGUGAUUCGGGAGCGUUGGCGCCCGACGUGGGACCGCCCAUUGUACAUUGCAGCGCAGGCAUCGGACGUUCUGGAACAUUCUGUCUCGUUGAUUCUUGUCUUGUUAUUAUUGAAAAGGAGGGCUUGGAGAGUGUUAAUGUCCAAGAAAUCUUAUUAGAAAUGCGCAAGGAUCGUAUGGGUUUGAUACAAACACCAGGGCAGCUUCGCUUCUCUUACCAGGCCAUCAUAGAAGGGGCAAAACGAUUCAGUCCCGACUUCAAAGAGGAUCAGAAUAAUAUGGAGGAGAGUAUAUAUUCGUCGGUUGCUGAGGAAGAAGCCCCUCCUCCUCCGCCUCGAGCUGAGAGUCUUACAAGAGCGCCAGUCCGACCUCUGCCAGCCAUACCUACUAGUGCAUCGCUAGGCAAUCUCAACUAUACAUGCUCAGCGGAGAGCUCCAGUUCUGACGAGGGCGCCCCCACUCCUCCUGCUCGAGACCACUCCCCCUCCCACUCCCAGUCUCCCUCCCCCUCUCCUUCUCCUACUCGCUCUCACACGUCGCCAGCAUCAUCCGCCGAUGACGAAGACGAUGAACCCCCGCCAGCGCCUAUCAUUGAAAGUUGCAGCGAGGUAGUGGAGACGGUGAGGCGACGUCGCACUCGUGAGCUUGCUGAGCGAGUCUCCGGUAUGAAGAAACGUGCAAGACAUCACGAACGAUGGACGACACUCAAGAGGUCCCUGUACACACCACUUACCAUUACCUUCGGAUUCAUACUAGCCGGCAUACUUAUAUACACAUACGUCAAACAUUAA